UUUUAUUUUCUUAUUUAAUUUUUUUUUUUUUUUUUUAUAAUUUCUUGCUCUCCUUGACUCCGUUUUAUUUAUUUGUUUUGCUAUUGUUAUUUAUUUUUGGUUCCAUUUGAUUGUUCCCUGUUGGCACUUUACACCACUGUCCUUUCCUUCAUAUCACUGACAUAUCGUCAAAGAGGUAACAGACCUCGUGUGGCAUUCUCUGGUAUGUUCACGUCUUUCUUACAUUCAUUGCUAGAGGUCCAUUCUUCCUGCGCGCUCCCGUACAUACCUGCAACUUUCGUCUUUCAAUGCUCUACGCCCGUGGCAACAGCAGGAUUUGUUCUGAACCCAAUAAAAUAGCUUUCUGGCUUCCUUUUUGUUAAGGUUCAGCUCGCUCGACCUUGUUUCACCCUCCUUGCAGCUCUGCUUGCCCAGUUCUUGCCGCCUGGACUUCUUUACUUUCCAAAGUCGCAAAGCUUGAACAUGGAAACUGAUUGUGCUCUGUCGAAAAGGUCAUUUGCUCUGGUAGCAAGUGCGACACUUUCUUCUUACUACCCCCCACCUGGAUGCAAUAGUUGUACCGCGGUUUUUGCGCCAGCGUUUUGCGAGAGUUGUAUACCUGAAAGGGUAUCGCCUUUCAAGCGCAGGUCGGUUCUAAAGUCUGGAUUCAUCAUGCCCGUUCAGACCAGCCCACCGACAGUACCGGAUUCGUUCCCAUCCUUUAUGUCAGUGUUUGGUGGGAGACCACCCUGUCUUGCCGACAAAGAGGAGCAGGCGACAUCAAUUAAACCUCUGCAAGUGCCUACUAAUGUCACUGUUAAUACGUCACGACGGCCCCUUCCUUUUCAGCACCGUGAGAGCAUCUCAUCGAUGACAUCAGGCUCCACCGAUUCUUCCCCAACCACCACCAUCUCCACGUUCGAUUCGCCUUCAGGUCCGGAGACAUCCCCCAGUUCUUCGCCAGAAUCGCCAACGUCCAUGCCAUUGUCGUAUACCAAAUUCAUGCCGCCGGCGCCCAAUGCUGAGAGCAACUCGCUCUCGGCAGCCCAUAACCACCUUUCCAAAUUGUCAUCAGACACACCGAAUCCCAUGCGCCCGGACUCACCCGGCCGGCGGGCACGAAACCUGAAGAAUCUAUCUUUGAGAAUGCCUCCGCCUUCACAAUCUUCCCGUCCUCCCAUUGCGACAGCGUCAGUGGUUGAGACAACCUCUCAACACCAUCUCUCCGCGCCACCGUCGCCAGCGCAUAUUCCCCCCAAGAGCGCACGACGGAAACCGGCAAAUCUCACCAUUCGGACCCCCGGCUUUGAUAAAUCUUUUUCUAGUAAUAUCUCUGAAGUUCCACCUACUCCGGUCUGCCGGCAACCUUUGCGACAUACCGAAUCUUCACCAUCUCUAAAUUCGAUCUUUUCUCCCUCAUUUGGUCCCAAAGGUGGCAUGCAAUUACCCCGACCAAUGACCCAUCACGGCAGUCGGCGACCAUCAGCUCCCUCGGAGGAUAACCCAUCUCCCUUGCAGCCAGUCUCAGACGAGAAUUCAGUUUCCGGUGGGGUGCUGCAUGAAUUGGAGGAAGAGGAUGAUCAUUUAGACUCGAGAGAGUCCACUAGACGUAACGAACGUGGCUACCCGAAUGGGCCCAUCCAGAUCUACGACUCAGGGGUUUACUUGUACUUGGAACCAACAGUACAGGAAGCUUCUCAGUUUGACGUUGUCGUCAAUGUGGCAAAGGAAGUAGUAAAUCCGUUCACCAACACAACUGCCAACAAUGGGUCUGUCAUGAGCAUCCUUCGCAAUGGCUCAACAUCCUCCAAGCCUACAUCGACCGAAGUUCCCGGAACAGCCAUGUCGGAAAUUUCCUUCAAGUCUGCAUUUGAGUACCCUCCAAAUGAGUCGUCGCUCCAAACGCCUCGCAACAACUCGUCCGAGCCGGAAUAUAUCCAUGUGGGAUGGGACCACAACUCGGAAAUACUCGAUGAUCUGUACCCCCUCUGCGAGCUCAUUGACUCGCGCAUCUCACAAGGGAAGAAAGUUCUUGUCCAUUGCCAGUUGGGUGCCAGCCGAUCGGCCUCGUUGGUCAUCGCAUAUGGUUUAUACAAAAAUCGGCAUCUGGAUUUCAACUCUAUGUACGAAAUCGUGAAGGGACGGAGUCGCUGGGUUGGGCCUAAUAUGAGCCUUAUAUACCAACUGACUGAUUUCCGUUCGCGGUUACUCUGUGGUGGCCCUUCAAAACCCGCGCCUGAGGAGUGGUUUGUGGGAGGACCCCGGAGGUGUUCGGAACCUCAACCCCCUCGAACAGAGACGUCGAACCAGCCCGAAAUCGUCAUACCAGCUGACAGCUCGGCCACGGGACCCAUCUCGUGCGCUGGUCUCUCACAGGCAUCGACGAGCUCACUCUCGGUGCCCUCGACGAAUCAAUCUACACCUACUUCCGCGGAGAGCUUAAGCUUUUCCGGAACUGUUACACAGAAACGAAGUCUGUCUCCGCGACCAUUAACACUACGGAAAUCCAGCUUUCAAACCGGUGAUUCAGCAGUUCGGUCUAUUCGUCCAGAGUCCGUAUUGAAUCCAUGGUGUCCGCAAGGCGGACCUUAUUCUUUAGCAAAGACGGAUGUCUUCGUGCGGGAUGGCCCAGAACAACCACCCGCUCUCUUCUCACCUAGAACUAAUGGUUUCCUGGCGGCACCUUUAUCACAAUCAAUCUCUAGCCAAUUGGAGAAUAAUGGGAUACAUGGUCUCCGGUUCGGGUCCCGAAUAGCGGAUCCUAGGUCCCCUCCCCCAGGAAAUGAGCGUGUGAUCAUGAGGAAUAUUGACGAAUUUUUGUAAUUCAUCUGGCUUGAUGUUUGUGAUUUUUUUUUUUUUUGGGAGACGGAGUUCCCUUGCGGCGAUCGCUCAGCGAACACGUCCUUGAAAUGAUUCUAUGACUGUUUGACAUGCCCAAUUUUGAGGCCUACUGUCGUUUUUCCAAAAGAUUUUCUUAACUACCGGUUUCUUUCCCUCCCCCCCUCUUCACUUUUCUUCAACCUUUCUUCAGUUAUUUUCCCUUGGCCUUUGGGCUUCUAUUCUGAUGAUCUGAUGACCAAAGCGGGCUUUGCCGUCGUUAUUUUUCAUUCUACAAUACUUUCGCUAAUUGGCAUUUUCAUAUCUGUCAACCAGUGGCUUCACAUUACGUGUCUGAAGGGGUUGACUCGGCAUUGCAUGCUUAUUAUCGGCGUCCGGUGUGUUAUUAAAGAGAUAAAGGUGACGAGGACUCGUCCCCAAUAACCUUGUAAUACUAUUAUUAGUUGGGGUCUACACUUUCGCUUCGAUGUUUAGAGGUUUCUCCAUCGUUUCCAUUCAUUUUCAUUAUGUCUUAUCACACACUCUUUAUAUUGACACUGUGAUGGUUGCGUCGCAGUUCACGGCGAAAUACCCAUGAGCUACUUUAUUUCUGAAUACAAGGAUUUACUCUUAAG